AUGUACGAGUUCCAAGGCCAGCCUCAGAGAUGCCCUAGCGAUGCUCCUACCCACAUUAAUGCAUGCGAUUAUCAACAACCAGCAGGAGAAACAUACCCUCUACAAUAUAAUACACCCCAGUCCCAUAUAUCUCUGCUGAAUGUUGGGAACCAAGCGGUGCCACAGUUGCCUCAAUGUGAUGAUUUCUUCAGCCCUGCACCUCAAUUUGGCAUGGGCAACAUGCAGCAGGGCGAUCACAGUGGUGUAUUGGCUGUAGGGUACUGCACGGGUAUGGGUAACCCGCAUGGGUCACAGCAUUUGUCCCCAGACUGUGCCAACAGCUGUCAAUGUGAUGGCAACUGGUCGGUUUCGCCCAUUCUCACGUGCAUUUGGUUGCUUCUCAUUUUUUCAUCUCUGUGCACAUUCUGCACUUGUUUGCCCAUGCCUGCACUUGUUUGCACUCAUUCUCACAUGCCUUUGAUUGCUUCUCAUUAUUUUCAUGUCUGUGCACAUUCUGCACUCAUUUGCCCAUGGCUGCGCUCAUUUGCGCUCGUUCCUGUGCACAUUUUUGCUUUUUCUCGUGUGCUUUUGGUUGCUUCCCACCUCCUGCAGCCACUCCUUCUCCUAUUCUGGUGCCUUCAGGUGCCAUUCGCACAUGUUCAGGCCAUGUCAGCAUUCACUGAUGUGUGCUGGGCAUGUGCGCUAAGCACUGAUGGCUGUUGGGAUUGGGUGGAGGUAGUACAUGCUUGCACACCCAUGGGUAUACCCUUCAUGGGUAUGUACCCGCUGCUACCUGUACCUGUACCCGUCACCUACCCGUACCCUUGGCGGUUGAACGAUACCCCAGCACUUCAUUCCUCCAGCCCACAGCACUCACCGGCACCUCAGGAUAUGCAUCAGCCAUCUCCAUCUCCCUACCCUUAUUUUGGUGCCCACCGGCCACCUCCACAGUCCAUGCGCGCUGGUAGUAUGCCUCAAAAUAUCAGCUCUACCCCAUCCUCUAGAGGAGAAACACCAUACCAUACUGGUUCCGGUCAUCAUCCUUUUACAGGAGGCUCAGGAAGUGAGGUGUCUUUGUGGGCACCCUCUGUUGUUCCUGGAAGUGACAAAUAUCAAGCUAUGAUGUUAUACUCGAUGGCUCAACAGCCUGCUCACCUUCUGCACAUGAACCAGAACAUGUAUUGGCAAAAUGGUGCUGCGUUACCAACAGAUUUGCAUGACCAGUCAACAAAUCUCAACACAAUGGUUGUGCAUCUUGUCACAGAGCAUACUGAUAAGCUGCUUUCCACCACAAAUGAACACAUCCAGAAGCUUGAAGACAUCAACGAGUCUUCAUCGAAAACGAAAAUCCAGAGGCAGUUGAAGAAUGUCUCAAAUGAUCAUCCUGCAUUAAAGGUUAUGCCGCUAAAAAAUGGCUGGGCCUAUGAGGAGAUUGAUACCAAGCAGAUAUGGCAUCCAAAUUGGAUGGGGAAUGUAGACGAUGAGGUGAAUGGACAGUUCAUCAAGGAAAUCAUCAACUUUAUUGUGGACAAUGAGAAGCGCUUGCAUAACGGUCCAAUCCCAAAAUCAGAUAUCCCAGAUGCAGAUUUCAAUACAGGGAUAAUCACUGAAUGCAUGAAGGGGUACUUUAGGAACAUCCAUCAGCAGGUUUUUAGUCAAAAGGAUCCAACAAAGCAGCCAAAUACUCUGAGGGCGAACUUUCUGAAAAUACCUUGGAAUGGUGAGACAAAGCUGGUGUUGGGAAGUCAGCAAAUAUGGUUGUUGGGUAUGAAUGGCGUGGUUUGGGUAAGCAUGAAACAAACUGACACAAUACCUUGUAAUGUGCUUGACAAAGAUGAAGAUAGCACUCUGAAUGGAGAUUCAGCAUCAGCAGCCACUACAAAAGUAAAUCCUACUGAGGGGGAGGCAAACAGCAAGAGGCCAUGGAAAUGCCACAGGACAACUGCGGGACAACCCAAGAAGCCAAUGAAGAGGGUUUUUAACCUUGAUCCAACACAGAUGAAUAGUGACGAGCCAAAGUUGGGGAAAAAAAUGAAGCCUUUCAGGAACAUGGUUUCUGAUUGGUGGAUGAUUGAUCAUCCAGAUAUGCAGGUACUUGAUGGUGUGCCCUGGCUGAAAGGUUUCUACACGAGGCUGAAUGAGGAUGAUGUGCUGAAGGAAGACUGGGAUUAUCUGAUGGAACUUGAUGAGUGGCACAGGAAGCAGCGCAAUGGAGGAUUGGGUGAGACUAACAGAAAUAUUCAAGUUGCAGGCCUGUUGACUCAGGUUUAG